CCGAGAGACACAGACGGCAGCUUUCCGAGCGAGCCGGGGAACUGGCUGAGGCGGCGCCAGCACCACUGUCGCCGCUCGCUCCGAGCCAACCUGGGCACCGGGAGAAAAGGCGAGGCCGGAGCCCCAUCCUCUCUCUCCGCGGGUAUCUCCUGAGCUGACCGGCCGCUCGGCGCCCCCGCGCGACACCCUCCACGGCCACUUCGCGGGGCGUGCCGCGACUUGGGGAACGCAGCUGGGGAAGCGCCGGGGCGGGAGGCGGCGGCGGAGCCAGAGUGCGCGCCCUAGGACUGGAGAGGAGUGAGCCGUGGGCUGGGCGGCGGCGGCGGCGGCGGCCGUAGCCGCGGGGGCCUCCCCCGCCUCGCUGGUUGGCCGGCAGCACCGCCUCCCCGGGCCGCGGCCGCCCGGCCGGGUCCUCCGCGCGUUCCCGGGCCCGGAGCCGGCGCGCGAUGCGCCCGGCCGCGUUCUGAUCGCCGCCGCUCCGCCGCCUCCGCCGCGAUGAUCCCCCCCGAGCCGCAGCCGCACCAGCCGCCGCCGCCAGCCCCGCCGAACCAUGUGGUGACCACCAUCGAGAACCUGCCGGCCGAGGGCAGCGGCGGCGGAAACCUGUCUGCCUCCUCCCGGGCCGGCGUGCGCCAGAGGAUCCGCAAAGUGCUGAACAGGGAGAUGUUAAUCUCUGUGGCUCUAGGCCAGGUGUUAUCCCUCCUUAUUUGUGGAAUUAGCUUGACCAGCAAGUACCUGUCAGAAGAUUUCCAUGCCAAUACACCAGUCUUCCAGAGUUUCCUCAAUUACAUUCUUCUCUUCUUGGUCUAUACCACCACACUAGCUGUCAGACAAGGAGAAGAAAACCUCCUGGCAAUUUUACGACGAAGAUGGUGGAAAUACAUGAUCCUGGGACUGAUAGACUUGGAAGCAAACUAUCUGGUGGUCAAGGCUUACCAGUACACGACUCUGACCAGCAUCCAGCUCCUGGACUGCUUUGUGAUCCCAGUGGUGAUCUUGCUCUCCUGGUUCUUCCUGCUGAUCCGGUACAAGGCUGUGCAUUUCAUCGGCAUCGUUGUCUGCAUCCUGGGAAUGGGCUGCAUGGCGGGUGCGGACGUGCUCAUGGGCAGGCACCAGGGAGCAGGGGAAAAUAAGCUGGUGGGGGAUCUCCUGGUCUUAGGAGGAGCCACACUGUAUGGUAUCUCUAAUGUCUGGGAAGAAUACAUCAUCCGAACUCUGAGCCGAGUGGAAUUCCUGGGAAUGAUUGGACUCUUCGGGGCAUUUUUCAGUGGAAUUCAGUUAGCGAUAAUGGAGCACAAGGAGCUGUUGAAGGUGCCCUGGGACUGGCAAAUAGGACUGCUCUACGUCGGCUUUAGCGCCUGCAUGUUUGGUCUCUACAGCUUCAUGCCCGUGGUCAUAAAGAAAACCAGCGCCACGUCGGUCAACCUCUCCCUGCUCACCGCAGAUCUGUACACCUUGUUCUGCGGGUUGUUUCUCUUCCAUUACAAGUUUUCAGGACUGUAUCUCCUGUCUUUCUUCACCAUCCUCCUCGGGCUGGUGCUCUACUCGUCCACCUCCACGUACAUAGCCCAGGACCCCCGGGUUUACAAGCAGUUCCGCAACCCUUCGGGACCCGUCGUGGACUUACCAGCCACAGCUCAGGUGGAGCCAUCGGUCACCUACACCAGCCUGGGCCAGGAGACCGAAGAUGAGCCCCAUGUGCGCGUGGCCUAGGAUGACACCCUCCCUGACCACUGAGGACACCUCCAUGGCUGUGUGUCCGCCCGUCAUCUCUGUUUUGUACAUAGAGAAAGGUAUUUAUUAGGUGCAGUUUACAGAGGUGGACUGCAAGGUAGCAAAUCCGAAAGCCUGUAAGAGGCACGCGCUAAACAUCCCUGGAGAUGCAGGCUCUGAUCCACCUGGAGGGAUGCCUACCUAGGGUGUAUCCUGGUCACACACACACAUACACCACCACCCCCCGUCCACAUUAAUUACUGUGAAAAUGUUUGAAUCAAAAGCAAGUAUUACUGUUUGUAUGAUUAUGGUUACUGUUAUGAUAGCGACUUUCAGGAGGAGGUUUUGUACUCCUGAUGGGAACUCUCGCCAGACCCACAUGUAGUUAGCAUCACUCCCACUUUUCUAUGGCAAGUCACUUUUUAAGAAUCACACUUUAUUUUUGUGCACCUUCUCUGAGUGCUGCAUGCCACAGGAGCCCCGCCCUGCGACGCUUCCUUAUCCUAGGCACCUGGGGGCUCAUGGUUCCCUCUUACCUGUUGGAUCGCCUGCUCAAUAUGUAUUUCGUGCUGUGACCCUUGUGGGGAGUGGCAACUGACCAUAUAAUUCUCUAUUCUAGGAAUAGAUAUAAAACAAACAUUUUAGCCUUUUUAUAUUUCAACCUCAGAUUACUCCAGGCCAUUGCCUUUCUGUUGCAACUCAUGAUUCUGCUAAUCAAGUCCCUGUAAUAACAGGAUAAGGAAUGUUCCAUUUCUGUGGCUUAUGGGAAACCCCAGAGUAAUAUCACUUGUGCUUAGGGUAAUAUCUUUUUUUUUUAAUCUUUCUGCCCCUUCCUAUGUUCCCUCUUCCAAAAAAAAAUUAAUUUUCCUUUUCCCCCUAGAUUUCUUUAGUGAUAAUAUGGAGAUCAAUCAAGGCAUUGGAAAAAGCCAUGGUCCUCUGCCCUUUUGUGUGAAACCCUUUUUGAAAUAUACCAGCAUGGAAAUUAUCUUGAUUGUGGGAUUUCAUUGGUUGUCUGGCCUCCCAACAAAGUCAGGGUGCUGCUGUGGCACAGCCUCUGACAACAGCUCAUCUAAUACAGCCACUGUGUAGUAGUAAAAAUCUCACCAAUGAAAAGUCUGGCAUUUUUGGUCAUAUUUGGCAUCCAUUCGAUAGCAGCAUUCUUAUGGAUACAGAGAAUAUUCCAGGGUCCUGAUAAGGCUUUGAGGGGUGUGUCACCAAUCUAAUUUUGUCGCCUUUACAAUAGCUCUUUCUUCAAACGCAGAAAAUCAAGAAACACCACAGAGCUCUGUGAUUUACAGUAGAUUCUCUUUCUCCCUCUCAGUACAUGCAAUAGUCUUUACGUUUGGCUGGCUUCAGUAUCAUUCAGAAAGAUCCUCGAUAGAGUUACAGGAUUUAUAAAGGAAAAACAAAUGUUUAUGAAACUUUGGGCAAUUCAAAUCAGUUCAAGUUAAGUAAGCAAAGCAAAACUCCAGUGGAGUCUCUGUAAGGUAGAGAACAGAUUGCAGCUUAGUCAGGAUUCCCAUACUAGCCUGAACAAUCCCUAAAUAGACCUGCAAAAGUGUCCCAUUCUGCCAGUCAGCACCCAUGUGGCACCUCUGUCUGCCCUCUACCCUGGGGACAGGUAGUCCUGCCUUGGAGUUGGAGCAGACAAGUUAUCUUUCCUGAUAUGCAAAUUUUAUGCUCAUCUCCAUUCAGCCCGCUUAGAAACCUGUUUUAUUUCUGGUGAAAAAAAUCAACAUUAAAGCUGUAUCAAAUCAAAAGAACUUUGCCAAUGUUUGCUCUCUGCUACCUGUCAAACCAAUUAAAUACCUUUCUCUGACUAUUUUGUCCAUUCAGAUCUGAAGACCUUUAAAGACUGUGGUUUUAUUUUUGUGUUUACAUUCCUUUGGUUUGCAUAAUUUGUUUGAUUUAUUGCAUUUGUAGUAUUUAUUUUCAGCCAAAUAUUUUCAUCUUUUUUUUGUUCAUUUUUAUGACACUAAUUUGUAGACGCCUAGUAAAAUCUCAAGAGAAAUAAGUGGAUGAAAGUAUUUCCAAGUCAACUCAGUGGAUGCAAAUUUUUUUUUUUAAUUUCAAAAAGGUUUGCAAUCAAUAGAUGGCUACAGGUUGCCAUGUGAAUUGUUUCCUAGGAUAUUUUAACUGACUCCAAAUUGUAUGGAAACCAAGUGUGAAUGUUAAGGUGAAUUCACUAUAUACCCUUUAUCAUCCCAUGUUCUGUACACAAGACUUUCACGUCACUGGGGUGCCUCACUGUGUUGGUUCUUCUCCAUUUAGAACGGCUGAUAACAUACUUGAAUUGUUUGAGAUUCAUCCCAUGAAUCAGGAGUUCCAGAUUGGCCUUUUGGGGGAAAAAAAAAGACAAUAGCAAGAAACAAACUCUUUUUCUGUGUUAAGACAUCAACCCUUGGGGAAUGGGGUAGGAAAUGGGAGUACGACAUCAUUAACUCUAGCUGUUUGAGUUUCUGGAAUUUCAUAACCUCAGUAGACACCAGCAAGAAUUUCAGCUUUUCAAUCUACCAUAACUCUCUCUUCCACAAAUGAGACUUUAGCAAUGUGUAUAGAAUUUGGUUGGGUAAGCAAACCAUAGCUCUCCUAAAUCUCGCUCGAGAUAAGUGGUGGUCCUCACUUACUCCAUGACAACUUGCACUGGGGCUAGCGCUCACCUUGGUCACACCUUCCCACAGCUCCACACUCUGAAAUACACAACCAGGAAGACCAAGCGAUGGAAAAAUUGGUACCACUGUGUCCCAUGAAAAUGUUUCAAUGUUUAGUUUAGAUAUUGCUAACUUGUGCUAUUAACCUUUUGACAAGCGUGUAGUAUUGUUCGUUUGGGGUUUGUUUUUGAUUUGUAACCACUUAGUAGUCCCCAGCUAGCUACCAGUACAGAUUUUUACCCCAUGGGUAGGAUUCUACUGUCAAGCCACAUAAAUAACAAAGCACACUAAUCCCAACACUGCAAAUGGAAAAUAUGAACCAAAAAAGGAAAUUGACACCAAUAAGUUGAACAAACUCUCCAUUUUUGAUAUUUGCAUGCUCCCCUAUGGACUGGCUGUGGCAAUGUAAUGCCUGUAUAAUGUUUUCAAAUAAAAAUAAAUGCUUUAUGAAAGCA